GUUUAGUGGAGCUGUUUGCAAAGUUUGACUCUGUUCUUGAAGAACAUUUACGUAAAGUCAAGGCCAACGAAAUUCAUAAUCACUAUUUAGGAAAAGAUACUCAGAAUGAACUACUAGACAUUAUGGCUACAGCUGUUUUGAAUGAGAUACUGAAUCGCGUAAAAGCAGCUAAGUACUAUGCCAUAAUUUUAGACUGCACACCUGACUUGAGCCACCAGGAGCAAAUGUCUCUAACGAUCAGGUAUGUUUCUGAUGGCAACUUGGCUCCUUCAGGUGUUUAUGAACAUUUCAUACAGUUUAUGCAGGUUGAAAGUAGCACAGGAGAAAAUUUAUAUAAAACAUUAUUAAACACACUAGAGGAAUUAAAAUUGGAUGUGAAAGACAUUCGAGGCCAAGGUUAUGACAACGGUAGCAACAUGAAAGGUCACACAUCGGGAGUACAAGCACGGCUGUUGCAGGAUAAUCCAAGAGCCUUCUUUGUACCCUGCGCAUGUCACAAUUAUAACCUGUUACUAGGAGAUGUAGCCAAGUGCUGUCCAGAUGCUAUAACAUUUUUUGGGAUCUUGCAAAGGAUCUACAUAAUGUUCUCAGCAUCAACAAAGAGGUGGGCAGUUUUUAAGAAACAUGUACCUGGGUUAUCAGUGAAACCCUUGAGCGACACAAGGUGGGAGUGUCGGAUUGAUAGUGUUAAAGCUAUUCGUUAUCAGGUUGGAGAAGUAUAUGAUGCACUUGUGGAAACAUCAGAGAUAACAGAUGAGCCCAAGGUAAAAGCAGAGACAGAAGGUUUAGCAAACCAGCUAAAAGACUAUAAAUUUUUAGUUUCUUUGAUAUUUUGGCAUGAUUUACUUUUUAAAGUUAACUAUGUUAGCAAGGAACUACAAGGUAAAACAAAGGACAUUGAUGAAGGCAUGGAGUCAUUUGAAAAACUAUUAUCAUGGCUAAGAAAAUAUAGAGAGAGUGGUUUUAAUGAUGUCCUAAUAGGCGCAAAUGAUUUGGCUGAAGCUGUUGAAUUACCACUAGAAUUUAGGAAAUUUCAAGAUAAACGACUACAAAGAAGGAAGAGAAUGUUUUCAUAUGAGGCAAAAGAUCAAGCUUUCGAUGAUCCAAAAGAAGCAUAUAGAGUUCAGUGCUUUACCUUAGUGCUAGACAAAGCUAUUCAAUCUCUAGAAUCUAGAUUUAUGCAGCUUAAAAGCCAUAUAAAAUUAUUUGGAUUUUUAAAUAACUUUCAGGGCUUACAAAAGGCAGAAAUAAGGAAACACACAGUAGACCUUGAAGCAGCUUUAAUUGACACCAAACUAAAACAGAACACUGAUGUAGAGGUAGGUACUGUAACAAGUAAAGAUGUAGAUGGUUAUCUGUUGGCUGAAGAACUUGAAGCUCUGAAAACUUUUCUGCCCACCAGUGUCGCCAAGCCCCAAGCCCUGUUUGAAUACCUGGUAGUAAACAAUCGAUUCACUGCAUUUCCUAAUGUUUUUGUUGCUUUGAGAAUUUACUUAACAAUGCCCGUAACAGUCGCAUCGG